AUGGCGGAGUAUGGGGACAUAUCAGAUUCUUUAGACGAUACAUAUGAGGAAGAAGAAACCGACAACGAAGAUCAAAUUGGUUACGGUUCCAAUACGUCCGCUGCUCAAGCAAGAACCGGUAAAUAUAUUCAGGGCUUUCCGUGGAGGGGAAUGCAUUUAACAAGGGAACAAUAUCGACGUGGAAGGCGCUACAAUACGAAAACUAUGAAGACAUUCCCUUAUCCGGUCAAACUGCUGAUAAGAGCAGUGACGCCUACGGUCGUUCAUUUUCAGUUAAGGAACAUGGUAUGCGCUACCUCAAAGCAUGAUGUGUAUGUCGUGUCUAACGACUCAAUCAUGCACUGGUCAUUAGUGUCACAAAACAUAACCGAAAUUCUUAAUAUCUCUAGGCACGUAGCACCUACUGAGAGGCUGCAGGUAGCUGAGUAUCAUGCUCAUGCUGUUGUUUCUAUGAAUUCUCAAAAACGCCCUUUGUUAAAAGCACAAUUGAUCUUUAAUAAGUGUCUAAGAUCAGCCAUGAUGCUUCACUUGAUAAAGUCUGCUCUUAGUUGUGGCAUAUCCACAGGUUCAUAUGUUUUUGAUUUCUUUUAG